UAUCUGCUUUGUGUGCUUCCAUAUUUUAGUAAAACUGGAGAAAAUGGGGAGACAUGAACAAGGCAGCCGGACAGCCUAACAAUCCAGCCCACUGUAUUACAGUCGCUGUUAUUCUGAAUGCAUAGAAAACUGCAUAAAGAGAGCAUGAAGGAGUGUCAGGUGAGGGGAGAAGUUGGGAGGCAGUUGGCAGUGUGUCAGGAGUUCACUGUUGAGCUGUGCACGGCGCAGCGCUGACGCACUAAAGCUCAGAGAGAGAGAGAGAGAGAGAGAGAGAGAGAGAAAGGGAGGGGAGGGGCCAUAGACAGACAGCAGUGGCCAGAUGGAGCCCUGUUUGUUUUCAAGUAGCUGACUGCUGCUGAGAGCAGGACAGUCCACCGACAUUUUUAUCUAAGUGUGUGUGCAUGUAUGAGGGGUGAAGCCCAUCACACUCUGGACAACACCAGGACAGCAAACCACUGUUUUCUGCUUAUGUGGACAGAUCUUGUGUUGCUCAGUGUGUAGGCUCUCUCUUAGGGAGAUCCAGCCACAGCCUCUGGGAACUCUCUCAUCUGGAUCUCGGGGCCUGCAAAGGCAGGUGGCUGUAAGUAUCCCCAUUGUAGGUCCCAGCCUUGAUGCAGGGACACUAUGCAGGGAUACGGGACUCUGAGGAGAAUGUGAGGCCUGGACUACCUCCCACAGCAGCACUGGUUCUCCCAGCCUGAUCCUGUGUCGGAGACGAGUGGGGAUGGGCCCGGCGUCGCAGCAGGAGGAGAGAGAGCCGGAGAAGAACGAGCCCAAAGAGGAGAUGGAGAGCUACCACUACCUUCUGCAGGCCGGCUCUCAGCUAGAGAGCACUCUGCAGCAGGUGACCGUCCCUGUGAGCAUGAAGGAGGUGGGAGGCUACAUAGAGAAACAGGUGGCGUACCUGUCAGGAGGCCGUGGCGAAGACUCCAGUGUCAUCAUCACCCUCCCAGAGUGCUCGGCUUUCAGUGACAUUCCAGAGGAAGCUUUAGCCAAAGUCUUUACAUACCUCACUCUCAUCCCUCGAACAAGGCAACCAGGAGUCAAAUUUAUCAUCAUUUUAGACCGAAGACUGGAUACAUGGGCCUCUAUCAAAACUGCACUUGCCAGGAUAGCAGCUUCCUUUCCUGGGAACCUCCACCUGGUCUUGGUGCUCCGACCCACCAGCUUCUUCCACCGCACUGUUACUGAUAUUGGCUUUCGCUUCAGCCAAGAGGACUUCAUGCUCAAGAUGCCAGUGGUGAUGCUGAGCUCUGUCACCGACCUGCUGCGCUACAUCGAUGAGAACCAGCUGACUUCAGAGUUUGGAGGCACUUUGGACUAUUGUCAUAGUGACUGGAUUGUAUUGCGAACUGCUAUUGAAAGUUUUGCUGUAACAGUGAAGGACAUCGCACAGAUGCUGCAGGGCUUUGGCACCGAGUUAGCAGAGACGGAGAUGCACGAAGAGGUGAAGGCCAUCGAGGAUCUCCUGGAUUCCCACACUGACAAGUACCGGAAACUCAAAGAUGCUAUCAGAUCAGUGUCAAAGGAGGGUCGCCAUCUUCUCUUAAGCCUGGAAACUUCUGGGAAGGAGGAUGACUCCCAUUGGGAUGUGAAGAUGGACUGGGAGACAGUACAGAGGCUUCUUGCUCAGCUCAGAGACAUGGAGUCAGCCUUCGACGGCUUCUUUGAGAAGCAUCAUCUGAAACUUCAUCAGUACCUGCAAUUACUCAGAUAUGAGCAAAGUUUUCAGGAGAUGGAGAUGUGUCUGGAACAUCUGAUGGCUCAGGAGAGACAGCUGCUGCUAUCUGUUGACACUCUGACUCAAACAGAAGAGGCUUUCAAAAGGUUGAAUGGCCUCAAAUCAAAUGCACAGGAGGUGAUGGCCCGAGCUCAGAUCAUUAUCCUUCACGGACACCAGCUGUCAGCCGGUCACCACUACGCCACGGCUCUUAUUAUGCAGCGCUGCAACGAGCUCCGCCACUACUGUGAUACACUCGAUGUUGCUCUCAAGAGCAAACACGCUCGUCUUCUGCAAACGAACCAGCUGCUGCUUUGUCUUGGACAGGCCCAAACGUGGUGUGAUGAUGGAGCAUAUUUGCUGGCCAAUCAGCUGGUAGAUAAGUUCCAGUCUAAAGAGGGAGCCCAAGCUGCUUUGAGGGACAUUGAAAGGUUCCUAGAGAGGGCGCCGUCUAUGCUGAACUCAGGACCCGACGUCCUGGCCAUUGAGUAUGAGGCUGUCGUCACACCUCAGCUGCAGGCCCAGAUAGGGGAAACAUUUGAGAAGCAUGCAGCAGUGCAGCAGAUGAUCCAGAAUCGACAGGCUUGUCUCAGGAAGUUGGCUGACAAACAUGUGCGCCCGAUCCAACUGGUGGCACCCAGGCCUGAAAACCCGCCACGCUCCAAAUCACCGCUCUUCUCCCCCAAGCAUGGGGAUGGUUUGAAGUUCACGUUCGAUCUCUCUCUGCCUGGGAAGAGGGCACCCCGAAAGAGCCCCAACCCUAGAAAAAUAGAGGUGAUUCACGACUACCAGGAGAGCCGGAGCUGUGUGUCGUGGAGUGUGGAGGGCGAGGACAGCCCAGAUCUGUUGAAGCGUCAUGUGAUGAGGGAACUCAUAGAAACAGAAAGAAUAUACGUGGAAGAGCUGCUGUCAGUCCUGCUGGGUUACAGGGCUGAGAUGGACAACCCAGCCCUGUCGGGACUUCUGCCACCGAUCCUGCGCAGCAAGAGAGACAUCCUCUUUGGAAACAUGCCUGAGAUCUACAAUUUUCACAGCAGGCUUUUCCUUCAGGACCUGGAAAGAUGCCUGGAGGCUCCUGAAGGUGUGGGAGCUUGCUUCCUGGAGCGGAAAGAGAGUUUCCAAAUGUAUGAAUGUUACUGUCAGAAUAAACCACGCUCUGAGGCGCUGUGGAAGCAGUUCUCAGACUGUGCCUUCUUUCAGGAGUGUCAAAAAAAGCUGGAGCACAAACUGGGCCUGGAUUCCUACCUGCUGAAACCAGUCCAGCGCCUCACCAAAUACCAGCUGCUGCUUAAGGAACUACUGAAAUACAGUACAGACUGCGAGGGGACUUCUGAACUGCAGGGGGCGCUAACAGCAAUGCUGGACCUGCUCAAAUCAGUCAAUGACUCCAUGCAUCAGAUAGCCAUCACGGGUUAUGAGGGUGACAUUUGCGAGCUGGGCCGCGUGCUGAUGCAGGGGUCUUUCAGCGUGUGGAUCAGCCAUAAGAGAGGUCCCACACGCAUGAAGGAGCUGGCUCGCUUCAAGCCAAUGCAGAGACACCUCUUCUUGUACGAGAGAGCUCUGCUCUUCUGCAAGCGGAGGGAGGAGCAUGGAGACGGCUGCGACAAGACCACCUCGUACAGCUUCAAGCACUGUCUGAAGAUGACUGCUGUGGGGAUCACAGAGAAUGUCAAGGGAGAUGUGAAGAAGUUUGAGAUCUGGUACAGUGGCAGGGAGGAAGUGUAUGUGGUUCAGGCUCCUACAGUGGAUGUGAAGAUGGCCUGGCUCAAUGAGCUUCGCAGAAUCCUGACUAACCAGCAGAAGCUGCUCAGAGAUGAAGCUUAUCAGCUUGGUCAAAUGGUUGGACAUAUGCAGCUUUCAUCACCGCUCUCCGAGAGCAAGCAGCAGAGGGCAUCAGUGACCUCAGAGGACACAGAGUCAGGGAGGAGCAGUCCAGACCCCCAGCCUCACUCCCCUAAACACCAGCACAACCGUAGGAGUUGGCCCGGAGCUCAUCACUCAGUAGACAUCUGCGAGGGUCUGGAGGAGUGGCCUGGAGAUCAGGACGCCUUCCACCCAUCUGACACAGAGGAGGAGGUUCUGGUGCAACUGUCUCCCGGUAGAUACUUGGCUUUGGCUGACUGUCUUCAAAAUGGACCAGACAGCAUCACCGUUAAAUGUGGAGACGUCAUCCAGCUGCAGUGUGAAGACAACAGGGGCCACUGGCUGGUGAAAAAUCUGAGUCGACGACAGGAGGGCUUCAUGGCGUCUGCCAGCCUGCAGCUGAUUAUAGGAGAUAGCAGUCAAGGACAUUCCUCCAGAUUAGGGGACCCUGGGAACCGGAAGAUGAGAAAGCUCAGCUCCCCGUAGAGACGAAAGCACAGAAUGUGAAUCAAAUCGUUACCUGUGGAUGGCGAACAGACAGAGGGAACAUACUGAGCCAUAGCUGUCCCACUCCUCACUCACCCUCGGCUCUGCUUUCUCCAGCACAGUUCAAUCGUUAAAGAGAUGAACGCGGGACCUGAUUUUCUUCCAGAUGACCUCUUGAGGCCAGUGUUUUCCGAGGUGUGUCGAAGCGCCAGCUCAAGCCUCAGGAAGUGUUUAUCCCUCUUGGACAAUCAACAGCCAAUCCCUGAGUCUUGAUUGGUCUUCCUCCUAUCUGGUGGGUGAUGAGUGUCUUGUCCUUCUGGCACUCGGUGAGAUUGCUGCUGCAGCGUUUCACAAUCUGUGGACAUCUGUGAAACAUUUUUCAGCCCUUCCUGAUUGCAGCUCGUGCUUGAGAGGAUCUCCGAGUGUGUGUGUGUUCCCGUUUGUCUCAGUGUGUGCCCGACGGAUGGUGACCCACAAUCUUCCUGAAACAUUUCGUAAAGCAGAAACUUUUGUGCAUAUGUACGGUAUCAUUUUUAACACUUAUUUUACGUCAGAGUUUCAUCUUUGUGUCGUUAGUUGAUGUUUUUCCAUCGAACUACUUCAUCGUGUUUUUCUUCUCGUGAACCGUCUAGGAGUUAAAAUGCCAAAAUGUGCCAUGCCAUAAUGCCUUUUUUUUUUUUCUUUAUUCCUGCUCUUUUGGAGUCUCUUGUUUGUACUGUUUGCAAAAUCAAAUACUCUCUUCCUGCUUCAAUCUUGACCUCACAAAUAUUCAACAGGCACUUUAAUAAGGUGGAUGGACAAAAGAGACACACACACACAAAAAAAAUCCACCUCUCGUCUACUGAAUGUGUGCUUUGCUCGCUGCUUUACCUCUCUUACUAUGCAUUUCCCCUCAUUCAUGCUGUUACUUUCUUUGUUUAUUCUUGAAUGUAUGAUGUGUUUAGGAGGCAGGAGAGACACACCUCCCCACAUGGAGGCGGCAGAUGACAUGUUAGUGAUGGUAACGUAAGGGCAGACGUGAUGAAGAUCGAUGGCUGCGUAUUCCUCAGUGUGUGCCGUCGACGAACGACUCUUUGCACACGCAGAGCACCAAACGCUGUCAUUCUGCUCAGGAUCUUCUGGAAGCCUACUGUCAGUCACUGUGUUGAGGAGGAGAUCGAGGAGUGUAAGAAACAGAGAGAGAUGGAGAUUAUACUCUGUGCAGCCCUCCAUCUCGGAGGCAGAUUGUUUCCUCCUCACCCCUACAGCUCAUCUUGGGUUCCCCGUUAAAAGGGAUCAUACAACCGACAUGAAAUAUACCCUCUGUGUAGAACGCUUAAUUAAAUAUUGAUUGCAGACUUAUAUGAGUUUACCACAUCAAAUCGAGGUCCCAGUCGGAGGGCUGCCUUUGAUACGCUGUCUUUGAUAUGGAUAUGAGUCUAGAAAGCAGCAGAGGCUGCUGCGCUACACAUUUCCUAUGUUGUUAAUUUAUUUAUUUUGCCGUCAUGUUGUUCUUUCACAUGGUGAGGGAUCCGUGCUGCCGCAACUUAAAUUACAUCUUGAUGUAUUUACAGGAGUUAUGCUUUCAUAGCAAAAUAACUUUUUUUUUUUUAAACUUGUAUGACAGAAUCAGAUGGUUUCUUUGUAUUUUUGAUCUGAAAUGCUGCAGAUUUUGCACAGGUUUUCCAGGCUGGAAAACAAAAGAAAACCUGCCAGAAAUAUCAUCAUGUAACCUGAGGAGCCAAGUAGCCUGAGCUUAUUGCUGAGUCUUUAUUUAACACAAAAAUGCAUGGCAACUGUAGAAUGAACAGGUUUGUAUUGUUAGACAGUCCACUAUUCUAACUGGCUUCUAGUUGCACAGCUUCAGUUCUGUUAGAAAUAAUCAAAUAAAAAUAGACUAUUUAUUGCAAUAAUUCUUUUGGUAGUCAACAGAAUUCAGUACUUUUAACAUGGCCAUACCUUUAUCUGACUGCUCUCCUUCAUGCACCCUGAUUUAAUCUAUUAUUUCUUUAUUGUUGUUUUAAAGGAAGCCAUCUAAUACAAUAAAAUCGUGCAGACUUUUCACUUUUUGUAAAUUUCUGGUCACAUACCAUUCAAAUCCUAUUCAGGUGCCAUUGUAGGAUCAAAACUUCACUGGGGCUUCAUUGUGAAUGAUAAGUUUUGUUGUUUUUUUUUUUUUCUUCAUUCUGUGGACUGUCUCAACAGAUUCUUCCUUCCCUCUCCUCCGCCUCUUUCUCUCUCUCUUUGCACUGACAGUCACUCAAUUUACGUAUAUUGAGGUAUGUUUUUACAUCGGCCACUCUGCUUUUACUUCGUUACUUCAGAGGGUAAAUAUUGUGUUUUUUACUUCACUACAACCAUUUGACAGCUUUGGUUACUAGUUCACUGUUUUACUAAUGAUGAUUUUCACAUGCAAAAUAUUCCAAGAGCUUUUAAAAUGUGCUGUCAUAAAUUAAACUGCACAACAGUUCAUACGAGCAAAGCUGGUUUAGUUGAUUAUUCACCUCUUAAUCCAUAAUGAGAAACUUUAGCUGCAGACCCUCAGAAAGUAGUUCAAAAUGAGCUAUAAAGGCAAAAUCCUGCUUUCAUAUUAAUUCACGAGUAAUAAUCUACUAAUCUACAGCAGCAAAACACUCACAACAGACAUUUUUGUUCUCUGAGUACUGUUACUUCUGUACUCAUUUACAACGCCGGUCUUUUGCUUCCUUCUCCACUGGUGAAGCCUGGAUCUGCAAGGUCUGCAGUUCGUUUCUCUGCUACUGAAUUCUUCUAUGUGAGAAUCCUUUAUUUACCAGCAGGUGGGAGUGAUGUGCUGUGACAUAGCAGUGCACAGUCAGUGUGUCGGAGGUAUGACUUGAAUUUGAAAUAAUCUUUUUGAUAUUAUUUCUUUAAAGCAGUAUUAAAAAGACACACUAAAUCAUGAAAGCAUCUUCUAAACGUAAGCAUAUCUAUGUGUCACUUCUUUAUAAUAGACA